AUGCGUACGAAGAGGUCAUGGCCGCGACGGCCGACGGCGGAGUGUGCGAGAUCAAGAUGGAUGACAGCGGCCGCCUGACGCACAUCUGGUGGCAAACGAGAGAGCAGGUGGCGCUUUGGAAUCGGUACGGUCACGUUGCGCUCUACGACGACACCGCUGUCAAGAACAGAUACCGUAUGCCUCUCGGUGUGCUCGCUGUCGUCGAUUCGGAGUAUCGGACGCGGAUCGUCGGCCAAAGCAUAACGGCCGACACCACAACGGACACUUUCCUGUGGAUGUUGAAGAGUGCGUUGGAGUCUCGCGGGAAGCAGCCGGAUACCUUCAUCCAGGACGCGGACGCGGCGAUGACGGCGGCGGUGCGAGAGGUGUUCCCGGACGCGCUGGCGAGGCGCAAUUUAUGGCACCUCAACCAGAACGUUAUCAAGGCCCUCGCUAAAGUCCUUGGUGGGUACAUGAAGCCUUUCAUGGACGAGUUCAGGUGUGUGCGUCAGCAGCUGUCAUUGGCGAAGUUCGAACGGAAGUUCAACGCCCUCAUCGAAAAGUACCCGAAGGCGGAGAAGUACAUGCAAGUAGUAUAUGACGACCGUGCACGGUGGGCGGAAUAUGUGUCGCCCCUGGUGUUCUCCGUGGGUUCGUGGACGACAUCAAGAGUUGAAGGUGCGUGUAUGCCAAAACGCCCUCAUCAGGGAUAG